AUGGUUGUAAAAUUUGAUGAUCAAGAGAGCACAAAACCAACAUUGAAAGCGUUUCUAGAAAUAUUCUUCGCAGUCGACAAAGACUGCGAUGAAGAAAUUACAAAGAGUCAACUAAAGAAAUAUAUUGAAACUAAUCGUCGAGAUGAUGAUCUAAUUCAGAAGUGGAUGAACUUAUUUCAAUUAAAAAAGACUAAUCGUCUCAGUCUAGAAGAUAUUUGUGAACAUCUACAAUUAAAUAUUGGAGAUGUUCGUCAGCAAAGAAGUACACAACUAAAGUCAGCCGAAAAUUCAUUAUCAUCCUACACUGAUAAUCAAAGGGUACUUGGAAAUGAUAUACAGGUGAUCGUUGAUCAGAUGCCAAUGGAUAUGAAAUUAGAAAUUACAAAUGAGUUUAGAAAACUAAUCACAGAUAAAGGUGAUUUCAAUGGAAUAAAAUUAACAGAAUGUAUGAAACAGUUUAUGGAUAAAAAUUUCUCUUCAUCUUGGGUUGUGCUAAUUGUCAAAGGUUCAUAUUCAACUACAUUUUUGCAUCUUGAAGAUUGUGCAUUUCAAUUUCGUUUGAAUAAUUACAGUUUUGUUGUUUGGAGAACAUUUUUUGGAUUUAAUUAGGUUUUAAUUUUACUUCACACAGUUAUAACAUUAGUAAGGAAUGAGACACUGUUGUCAUAAUUCCUGAAAGUAAAGUGUAUAUUCAGUUUGCUUACUAUUAACAAUAAAUUACUUUUGGUUCUGGUAUAAUCUAA